AUGUCUCACUCUCUGUCUCAGAAGGAACCUACUGGGUUCAAAGAAGCUUUGAAGGAUAGUAAAUGGGUUGAAGCUAUGAAUGAGGAGCUUAGUGCUCUAGAAGAGAAUCACACCUGGAAUAUUGUUGACUUGCCAGCUGGGAAGAAUGUUAUAGGGUGUAAGUGGCUGUACAAAGUAAAAUACAACUCAGAUGGGAGUGUGAGUAGGUACAAAGCAAGGCUAGUGAUUAUGGGAAACAGACAGAGGCAUGGAAUUGACUAUAAUCAAACCUUUGCCCCUGUGGCAAAGAUGGCAACUGUGAGGUCUUUGCUUGCUCUUGCUUCCAUAGAAGGAUGA